AUCAAGAAAAUAAUCGAGGUUUUAUUAGCAAUUUCUGUGAAUUUAACGCAGUCGUUGCAUAUAUCUCGAAAAGUUAGCUAUCCGCCGUUCAAAUUCUCCGUAAAAAAGGACCGACACAAGAAAUGACUUUGAAACGGAUUUACAAUUUGAAAAAUCAAAGAAUCACCCAAUAUCAUGAUGAUAUACUGAAAACGUGUUUAUGUGUGUUACUGAUUCUAUUGGCCAUUUGUGGAUUAAUUCUAGCAACGGUAUAUAUUGUCAAAAAUACUCAAUCGAUCUCCGAAGAACAGAAGGGUGAAGUCAGCUAUCACGACAGUGGAAAUCAAGAAACUUUAGAAUCCAAUAAAAGACGCACUGUCCGUCCGAAUACCAAAAAUGACUUCUUUCUGACUAGUGUCGAAGGAAAUGCAGUUACUUCAUCAAAUACUAUUGAAUACACUUCAACAACCAUUGAGUCGCCACUGUCUACUUCAACGGCAUCAUCGAAAGAUGUUCCGCCUCGAUUUUUGGUUGUCAAUACCAUCAGUUCAGUCGGAGCUUCCAAUUCAGAUUAUUAUUCGGCAGCAGGUUCGACUACUGACUAUGUUGAAGUAACAACAAAUGACCUUGACAAAAGCUCCACUGGCAAGCAGUUGACACUAGCCGAUUUCAAUGAUAAAGAAUCAAUCACACUAGACGAUGACUAUAUCGAUGCUUAUAUUCUAUUAUCCAACCAAGGACCGUCGGAUCCUACUACAAAUGAAAAUAGCACACCGAAACGUAGCAUAGAAUUGCAAGAGGAACAUCAGACAUGUACAUCGGACUCUUGCAAACAGUCCACGAGUAGGAUGCUCGCACUUGUGAACCAUACUGCAGAACCGUGUGACGAUUUCUAUUCGUAUGCCUGCGGUGGUUUUGUCAUCAAUCAUUUUGAAGAAAUUACGGUGAAUGACAGAGUGUUGGAAAAGUUGCCAGAUAUUUCGACGCUUGAUGUUGCUGUGCCCUACAAAAAAUUGUAUCGAGAUUUCCUAGUCAGUUGCACUAACUAUAAAAACGGUAGAGAUUUACCGAAAGUUGCGAAGUUGAUGUACGAUCUAUGCGUGGAUCACAAGGACAAUUUGACUGAUUUUAUCGCUGAUAUUAUAAUGCUUCACCCUCAAAAAACGUUAUCCAGGCUAUUGCCCUUAUUCGACGUUGUGAUGGAAGUGGGACCACAAAAAACAUUGAUACCAAUGGUUAGUCUACCGAAGUUAAAAUCCCCUCUUUCUGAAGAUGACAAGGAGAUGUACGAACGAUCCUGUCGAAAGUUAACUGAAAUGGCGACAAUAGAGAGAAAUAAGACAAUAAUUCAGGAAACGUACAAGACGUGCAUUGAAAAUGAAUACUUGAAGAGCCUCCAAGAAUCGAUUAUUAGACUGCAAAUUUUCGAACAUUUACCGGACUACAACACAAAGAAACAAGCAAUUACAUAUACUAUUCGAUUCAUCAAAGAGAACAUCCUUGAACAAUUUGGGUCUAUAUCGGCUGGUGAGCUGAGAAACGCUAAACAGGAAACAGUCGCUGUGAAUUGGUUAAACUCAGCUUAUCCUGAGAUUGAAUGGAAUGCAUUGUUUGAAAGGCUUUUCGGAGCAGAGGUAGCCAAAAAUAUUACCGAAGUUCGAAUGACCCAUGUUGCUUAUUUGGUGAAAAUAUUUGAAUUCUACAAGAGUCAUUCAUUCAAGGACAUCAAGACCAGUAUUUUAUCGAUGAUGAGUGUUGACUUUAACUUGGAUUUUAUUGAACCACAUUCAACCGAUCACUACAAAUAUUGUACGACUACAGCCACAAAGUUGAUGCCAGACAUUGCUUCGAUGUUGUAUUUAGAAACAUUUAGUUCUGCAGACAUUCUAAAUGCGGAACAGAAAUUGGAACAAAUGUUCGAUCAACUAGUUCUCACAUUCAACGCCACGCUGAACGAAAAUAUCUGGGUGAAUGAGAAUGUGCGAGAGGAGGUGUCCAUGAAAAUAUCGGAACUGAAUCUGAUGACGAACCCAUACCAAGGUUUUGCUCGUUUUAAUGAAAAUUAUCAUAAACUGUACAGCGAAGUUAACAUCUCCGCGACUGAUUAUGUUUCAAAUGUUAUUGCCCUGAAACAGAUCGGAAGACGACGAAUGUAUAGUACAAUUGGUCAGUCAGUGAUCUCACCAGAAAUUAUUUGGAAUCAUUUAGCGUGGCCAAUAUCCAGUUCUCCUAUACGGAUAACAGAAACAACUACCAUUGUUCUACCGACAAGUUUGAUAGCACCAUUCACUACCGAGUCACAAAAAAUUGAGGAAUUUUCCACGAUUGGAUUCCAAGUUUCCCAGGAGAUAUCUCGUUUCCUUUACACCGAUCACACCUCAAAACUUUUUGUAAACGAGAAUGAAGACUUUAAGGCCAAUAUGGAAAUUCACCUAGAAGAUCCAGCCUAUUCGAAGAAGCCGAACAUUUAUGGAAUACAACUCAAUGACGAGGACAUAAAUGCAUCUCAACGGUCUCGUUUCGUCGAUGACGUAGCAUUACGUGUUACCUUCGAUGCUUAUGACCAAUAUCAAUCGCCCUUCGACAAACUGAUGCCUUGGACGAAUGACUCAAUUUCCAAAAUGUUUUACAUCAUUGCUAGCCAACAAUUUUGUAGCGCCAAGAAAUCGUCCGUCGAAAUUGCAAUAGAUCUGAUUCAUAACGAAAAUUUGCCGAAUUAUUUUCGAAUCAAUUCGAUGAUGAUGAAUUCAGAAAGUUUUUUGAGUGUUUUUGAAUGCCAAAGCGGACCCUAACUUGUAAGGGGUGUGGUUUUCAAAUUUUAUUGUACAUGGUUUGGCUAGAGCUAAAGAUUACUUUUGGUCAGGACAUUAAUUAAAUGAUAAGCUUU